UUCAAUGUGUUAAUGAUUUUACAUUCAACAUGACACAGGUAUAAAAUGCAAGUAGCAUUGUGCACAGUGUUUCUUUUCCACCAACUACUUCACAAAGGCAUUGCCUACAAGUUGAAGCAUGUUUCCCCACAGAACUUUGAGUUUUCUGGUCCUUGUGAUCUUUGCGGUUGAGAAGUGCUCUGCUUUCAGUACAGUCUACUCCAACUUCCUUCAAAGAAUCGAUAACAUAGGUGCAUUGACUGAGGAGCAAAAGUCAAGAAUUUUGAAUGCAAAUCCAGUUGACCUGGAAAAAGUGAAAAUGAAGCAAGACUGCAUGGCAUUGAACCGUAAUGCAAAUAAGUCCAGCGGUAUCUAUGUUAUCCAGCCCAAAGGACAUAAGCCUUUGGUGGUUUACUGUCUCAUGGAUACUCCAGGUAAAGGAUGGGUGGUGCUGCAACAUGUCUCGAAGAACAGUAGUACUCCCUUUGCAAGACGUUGGAAUACUUACGAGCACACUUUCGGAGAUAUGGAAAAUGACCAUUGGCUGGGAAAUGAAUACACCCAUUGGAUCACACAGCAAGCUCGUUAUGAAGUGAGAUUUCUCAUUGACACUGGUUUUAAAAAAGUUGAGAUUGAUUAUGCCAGCUUCAAUAUUGAGAAUGGAACUAAUAUGUACAAACUGAGACUGGGUGCUCCCAUCAGUCGUUCCCAGGAUGAGAAGCUUUUGAUGAUCAAUAAAAAUGAUAACAUGUUGUUUAGUACCAUAGAUCAGGAUAAUGAUAAAGAUGAAAAUCAAAAUUGUGCACAAGUAGUUGGAGGGGGUUGGUGGUUCGAUACAUGCUCCUCAGUAGUAUUCAAUAAUCAGCAAAUUCGCUGGCCGGGUAUUUGUGACAACUGUCAAUCUGCCACCAUUUUAAUCAGACGUACCUUUGCAAAUUGCAAGUAAUCUCAUUAUUACGCAUGUAGCAUGUUGCUGAAUGGUUAAACACAUGUUGUGCUCAUGAUUUUCUGGCAACUGCAACAAAACUUGUAUUGCUUAAUGCAGUUCAGUAGUAUAGCAAUAAAUCUAUCAAAAUGAUAACUGUACCUAGUUUCGUGUUUCAAUGACUGAAAUAAUUAAAAGAAAAAAAGUCUGGCUA